UAAAGCUGUCUGUUCAUCAGACGCACCUCGUUACUCUGAUGCAGAAUCCGAACCGACUGUGAUAUCAUAUCAUAUCCCCAGUUAAUAAUAGCACCCCCUUCAAACUCUCUCUCUAUCUCUCGUCUGGAUUGCGAUCAAUGUUGUCAUCCAUAUGCCAUUGUGAAUCUGUAUGGUGUGGCUAGGGUUUUCUCUGCUGGUUUCUUCGAACUCGACGCUGUCUCGUUAACCUCUGGAUCAUAUUUUCAUCAACUGAUUGAUUGAUCGAUCGGUUGGUCUAGGGUUUGGGAGAUUCUGAGCCACAAUCCCAACUUCUCAUGGCAGAGACUUCGAGGUCUCGCGUUACCAUCACUUUGGGUCGCAGUGGUCAGGUGGUCAAGAGGGCAGGACCAGUGGUAGAUAGUGGUUUUUCGGAGUAUCAUCCGGGCCUUGGAAGUAAGCGAUCGGUUAGAGAUAGACUAGGAAGUGAUGGAGAUGGAAUUCAACUCGGCAACAAACGGCAAAGGGGGGAUAGUAAUAAAUUGAGUAUGAAUGGGGCUCAUGGUGUAGAUGAUGCACGCCUUGGAAAAGAUGAUCUCCGAUUCAAACUUAUGCGGAAAAAUGUGCUUAGGCAAGGGAAAAGUGAUGUCCAUCGGAAUGGGGUGGAUCUACGUGAUACGCUAUCGAGGGCAGUUCGGCCAUCUACAGCUGGUCUCAGCACUCGGCAGCGCAUGCCUGAGCCAACAGAUUCUAGGCAUCUUGUGUCUGAGAGAAAGGAUGCUAGCAUAUUGGGGCGAAUUCCUUCCACGAGAAGUGCAGAUGCAUUGCCCCAGAUGGUCUCGUUGAGAAAUUCUUAUUCACCUUGGAAUUUGGAUCAGUUAAGGCAAAGAUCACCUGAUAGGGUUUUACGAACUUCUAGGAACCUCUUGCCACAAAGGAAUGAGGAAGAAAUUACGAAAAGGCCAUUAAUCAGGGCAUAUGACGACACGAGAACAGUUUCAUAUAUGAGCAGAGAGAUUCUUGAAGCUGGAAGGCCCUUGGGCACUUCACCUUACAUGACAAGACCAGCAGUCGCUGCUGCAUCUGCAAAGUCUCUAGUGCCACCACCAGCCCCACCUCCUCCACCAGGUGGCAUUGUGCAUAAAAGUUCAUACAUGGGCAAUGAACAUCUUACUGUGGAUGGCUUAUUGCAUUCAUUGGGCUUGGAAAAAUAUGCAAUCUCUUUUAAGGCUGAAGAAGUGGAUAUGACUGCAUUAAGGCAGAUGGGAGACAAUGACCUCAAAGACUUGGGAAUACCUAUGGGGCCUAGGAAGAAAAUCUUGCUUGCCCUGCUGUCACGUACCAAGCGACAAUUGGGAUGAAGUAAUACUUCAAAAACAAAGAAACUUGUUGGGUAUUAGCCUUGGAAGAUCUUAUUCAAAAAAAUCUUUCGCAUCAAAUUGAUCAGCUGUUUCGUCCGUACAUGCUCUAGUAUAAACUGUAAUAUUUGACAUUGUUACAUGGUAAGAAAUUUUGCAUUGUUUAGAUGUCUCCUUGUUCUGUGCUAGAUGAUGCCCGUCUGAGUGCUUUACAUAUUGUGCUGAGAAUUGAUAUUACUCAUCUGCCAUUUAGUCCGAGGAAAUUGAAUUUAGUUAAAACAAAGUCUGGAGAUUAAUUUUUGUACUUGUCUAA